AUGCCGGCCACGGAGAGUGCCGAGGACGACAAUUUCCCAUGGGCUGAGCAGUUGCCACUGACGGAAGGACGCCGUUCCGUAAAUCGUACCUCUCUCCGAAAACUCCACCUCAGCCGUGCUAAACUCAAAGCUUCUAGUCGGGCCAGUGCUCUUCUCUCUGGCUUUGCUAUGAUGGCUAUGAUUGAACUUACAAUAGAAAAUGACGAGGAUAAUCGCGUCCCGGAAGCUCUUUUGGUGGUUUUUACGGCGUUCGCAUCACUCUUGGUCGUGGUCCACAUCACAGCCCUAAUGAUAAGUACUUGUAUACUUCCGCAACUCGAGUGUUACAUCAGUAUGUGUGAGAAUUCGGACGGAGGCGUCGAUUCCCCUUAUGAGAAGGUUCGUGGAUAUAUUGAAAUGGCCUGGAUCUUUAGUACUGCCCUCGGCAUGCUGCUCUUUCUCGUCGUUGUUGUACUGGCGUGCUGGGUUAAAUUCUGGAAUAUCUCAAAGUGGUCGGCAGGUGUCUGCUUCCUCAUUGUCGGUCCUGUGGUUCUCGUCUUUGUGUUAUUUGCCAUCUUCUUCUAUAGAACCCUGAUAUCCUUUAAGUAUCAGCAUGCUUCGAAGAUGGCCGAAUUCUUUGAUUUUGUUGUCAUCGGAGGCGGAAUUGCCGGUGUUGUAUGCACGCAAACCCUUUGUGAGUUGAUCGCUCCGUCCCCAUACAAUCUGCCUGUGGCAAACCACCCCCCAGGUGGCGCCUCUCCCCAGCUCCGCGUUUGCUUCAUUUCAACUACACCCACCCUCAAGACGGCAGUCAAUGUGCGCCACGUCACUCGCAUGCUCGAGAGCUUCGACGUAGUGGAGAAGCCCUGUGAAGACUGGUCCCGAGCGUGGUCCAACAUCUUGACCGUUAUAAUUGAUAAAGUGGAUAGAGUGAACUCUGAAGAUCGCUUAGUGUACUUGCUGCAUCGAAAGGACCGCCCCGUGAAAUAUGGUCGUAUUUGCAUUGCAACGGGCGGUUUGCCUCGGGCAAUUUGUCCGGAACACCCUCUCGUCUUAACCCUCCGUGAUACUGAGUCAAUUGUUCAAUUUCGAUCUCGGCUUUCAGAUGCACGCCGUGUUGUACUUGUCGGCAACGGGGGUAUAGCUACGGAGGUGGCCUACGAAAUCGAAGGCUGUCAGGUUAUAUGGGUGGUGAAGCACGAGAACAUUUCAGUGCCCUUCCUCGAUGCCGCUGCCUCCCAGUUUCUCCUGCGAAGCAGAUCAGAAAAGUCAAAGGCAGCACUGGGGUCAGGGGGCGACCGUAAUGCUAAAACGGCUCCACUGAUCCAGACCUUGCGUUAUACACUCGCCGACCGGAAUAGUGAGAGCCAAAAUUACCGACUGGUCUCUCUUAAGGGUGAGGACGGGGAAAAACUGAUCGGCUCUGCUCUCGGACCGGAUUGGACUCAAGGAUUACGCUUCACCGGCAUCAUCGAGGAGGGGUCGCUCACGCGGCAACUUAAGGUCGUCUACCAGUGCCAAGUCGACCGAAUUCUUUCCCCCUCGGAGUUUGCUGAUUCCGGUGAAACUUCAGUCGAGGCCGACGAAGAGGGUCCCCUCUUGCCUUCCUUUGCACCUUCAAAUUGGCCUCUGUAUGUCCGCUUGACCAAUGGCGAGUGCUACGGGGCGGACUUUAUUAUUAGUGCGACGGGAGUUGACGCCAAUCUCACGUCUACGUCUUGCACCCCUCUGAUCGAGGCAGACCAGGACAUCAAGACGGCCUCGGCCUCCGAGGGAGGUGGGCUGGUUGUCAACGCGCUGAUGCAGUGCUCCGUGCCCGAGGUUUAUGCGGCCGGUGACUGUGCCUAUGCCGGUUGGCACCCCAAGUCCCCGCACUGGUUUCAAAUGCGCCUGUGGUCCCAGGCUCGUCAGACGGCGUUUCAGGCGGCCAAAAGCAUGUUCUAUCAUACCAUGGGUGAGGAAGUCCCCCUGGAUUUCUCCUUCGAGAUAUUUGCGCACAUGACACACUUCUUCGGUUUCAAGGUAGUUCUUCUGGGCGCUUUUAACGGUCAAGGAUUGGAUCUAACGUCCCCUGACGUUACGGUCCUACUGCGCAUCACACCGGGCCAGGAGUACGUGAAAUGUAUCAUGCUGAAUGGACGAAUGCAAGGGGCUCUCCUGAUAGGCGAAACAGAUUUGGAGGAGACCUUUGAGAAUGUCAUCCUUAAUCAACUAGACCUGUCGUCGUUCGGAGAACACCUCCUUGAUCCUAAUAUCGACAUUUCGGAUUACUUUGACUAA